AUGUUCUUCACCUGGGCUGCUUUUAAUGCCUUCCAAUACAUAUCGACCCUCUUCUUUCAGGAGGUUCAGGACAUUUCGCCCCUACAGACGUCCCUUCGCUUCCUACCGAUGACUGUCGUUGGCCUGCUUGUCAACCCAAUCGCCGGGUUUCUGGUUGCAAGGGCGAAUGUCAAUACCCUCCUCGGUGUCUCGGCAGUCAUUACCGCCGUCGCUCCAAUUUUGAUGGCGGUGAUCUCCCCUGAAUGGACUUUCUGGUCGGCGGCAUUCGUUGCCAUGUCGCUCAUUCCCGUCAAUGCUGACGUACUCUGGACAAUGUCCAGCCUCGUCAUUUGCCGCGCUUUUCCUGCCGAGUCGCAGGCAUUGGCAGGGGGCGUAUUCAACACCAUCUCACAGUUGGGCAAUUCAGUCGGCCUCGCCAUCACAGCCGCCACUUGUAAUCACAAGCUUUCAAUUUAG